UAAUUGGGUACAAAGAUGAUGGAUAGUGUAGCGCGGGGCGCCGCCAUAGCUGUGAUAACGAGCCUGUUUAUAUGCGGCGCGAGUGCGCGCGCGCGCCAGUCUUACCGCCAACCGCCGUCCGCCAUGCCGGCCUGUGCGCCCGAGUACAGCCGCCUCGCGCGCUCCAACACAGAGCUAGUGUUCUCUCCGCGAGUUAAGCGAUGCUCGCACCAGCCGCCGCCCUUCACAGCGCUACGCCGCUCCUUCUCCUCGACGUUCUCCUUAAUACCUGAGGAGCGCGCCAUCUCUCCGGAACGACCUCCGCCGUUGCCGCGAUUCAUCAGAAUCAUAACAUGGGGACCCCGGCUUAUGCUGCGACCGCUGUUCGCUAUACUUAGCCUCAUCGCUCAUCCUGCUUGGAAGCAGAUUCUGGUCGUUCUACCAACAUUAUGGAUUGCCGCAUCGUUAUUCCUGUUCUGGAAGUGUGUACAGUGUCCGCUAGGAGUUUUGAAGAUAAUAGGACGUGCCAUUAACUCAAAAAACGAGAAGAAACCGCGUACUGUGCUCAUCAGCGGCGGCAGCUCAGUGCAAGCUUUACACCUGGCUAGAAAUUUCCAUUCAGCUGGGGCCCGAGUUGUUGCAUUUGAGAUAGAAGGGCAAUUUGCAUUGUUGAAAUAUUCGGCCGCAGUCCAUAAGUUCUAUACGGUACCGAGACCGAAUCCGGCUGAUCCGCUUGCUUAUGCUCGAGCACUCAGGGAAAUUGUGGAAAGAGAGUCCGUAGUGUUCUACGUGCCGGUUAGCGCUACUACCCCCGCAUACUACGAUGCUCUCGCUAAGUCACAUUUGGAAGUCAUUGGCUGCCAAUGCUUUGUACCUUGUGCACGUGACGUUGUUACUUUAGACGAUCCUUUGGAAUUGAUGAGGGUGUGUCGUGCUGCCGGCCUAGCGACACCACAAUUUUGGGUGGUUGCCAACGACGAGGAUGUCCGUGUUUGGUACGAUAAUGGUCAUUCAAAGGAGGGAAAACAUUUCAUUGCAAGUGCCGGUGCGCGAGGUGCCAGAGAUCGCUUGCGUUUUGUCAUGCCUGAAGACAAAGCUCAAUUCAGAUUCCCACGUGAAAUAAGUGCAGAAAAGCCGUGGGUUAUUGUAAGAGAGCCCAAGGGAGAGAGGAUUGUGACUUGCACAACAUUGAAGGAGUCACGCGCCGUCAACAAUGUAACCUGUCGCGUGGACUCUGCAAGAAAAGGCUUGGUGCCUCAGAAAGACGAUGAAGCUGACGCGUGGGUGCAACGAUUUGUGUCAUUCCUCGCACCGGCGAGGCCUAUGACAGGACACGUCUCAUUCAGGCUCGUUCGUGAAGAACAACCUACGAAUGGACACAACAAUAAGCUAGUGGCUAUUGGAGCCCGAGUUGGAGUCUCGCUUCCGUACUUGUGUCAAGGGUCGGCACGCUGCGGCCACACAGCAACCGUGGGCAAGUUGCUGGACACAGUGCUGGAUACUCGCGAGGCCCUUUUUGCAUUCUGGGACCCGCUUCCGUACUGCGCGUACUACCAGUCUCGCACGCCGGACGACAGGAGGCCGCCGCCGCCCGAGCCGUGCAAGACGCCACCCAAUGUUCCUCUUUGAGGAGUAAUGUAGUGACGUCGUAGGAAUUAUUUAUUAGACACUCAAGUACCUGAAGAGUGCGUGAGUGGAGCUCUCUCGGCGCGUCGCGUGUGCCAUAGUUAAGUCACGCUCUCUGUGUGUUGUUUACUCAUCUCGCUUGUGUACCAAGUGUGUGAUCGAGGGACGAUACGAUAUAUUGUAACUACUAAGUAGAUAUUUUAAGUGCAACUGUAUACUAAAUGUUAUUUUAUACCUAUAUAAUUUUAGGUUUACGAAAUAAAAGAGAUCGAUUAUUUUUUAA